UCUUUGCUGACAUGUGAGUCCAGUUUAUCAGAGUGAUGACGCUACAUGAGACUCCGAACACAGACUGACAGAACUCCACACACUCAUGACACAAUCUGAAGCAGCAUUCACACUCUUCUGCUGGGAUUGGACUCUUCUGGAAACUGGACGUCAGAGAAAUGCUGUUCAUCUUUGGACUGCUGCUGCUGCUGAUACCAACUCAUACAUGUGUGGAGAUGUUCUGCAGGUUUAAUCAGACAGAUCCCUGUUACGCAUCUCUGGGACACAAACUCAAUCUGCAGAUGGUGACGGAUGCUCGAGAUCAAAAGCUGGAGUUACAUAAGGAGCUCAACAGCAAUACUAAAAUGAGAGUUUUUAGAGUAAAGAAUAACAAGAUAAUGAAUAAACAUGAAGCCAUCAGUGACAGAUCUGAGUUCAUCUUUAAUAAUGGGACUCUGAUUAUAAACAGUGUGAUCAGAUCAGAUUCAGGGACAUACAGAUUACAGAUUUAUACGCCUGAUGGCACACAAACACAUGCAGUAAAUCUUCAAGUGAUUGUUGAAGCUCCUAUUGGCUCAGUGGAAGUGUCAAUCAAUUGCUCGUCCAGUGGGGAGAAGCGGGUGUCCUGCUCCUCUGAGGGGGAUCAGCUCAUCUUCAGCUGGACUCUGAAUGGACAAGAACUGGAGGAUGGAAAUAACAUCAUUCAUCUGGAUGAGGAAACUUCUGGAAGCAUCACCUGCACUGUGAAGAACAGCGUCAGUCAUGGACAGAACACCACUAGUGUAGACCGAUGUCCAGUUGAGCGUUCAGUGUUUGUGGUGUUUGUGGUGGUGUGGAGUUUGGAGAUGAUGCUUCUGUUGACUCUGUUAGGAGGUUUUCACAUCUACAUCAAAUACUGCAGAACACACACAUCAGGAAGGAAACAGGAAGAGGAAAUCGCUCUCUAGAUCAAAACUGAGAAUGACAAGAUUUAGACGAUGACAUCAACACAGAACAGAAGAUUAAUGAGAGCAGCAGCAGAUUUCAACACAGAUUUGAGAAAGUACUUCAAAACCCUUUAAGCUCUCUGUGUUUUUAAAGAUUUCCUGUUUCAGUAGCAUUUCCCAAAAGUAAAGGCUUAUAACAACAACAAAAAAACCUUUAUUCGAGAAAGAUUUUUGUGUUGAUACGACAAAGCAAUCAAAAGUUAUAACAUUACACAUGAAAUGAGAUUUCACAGAAUGAGUUUCAUUCUGUGUCAUUUGAGUCAUCAUUGAGUCUGUGUCGUGUGUUUGUUUUCUGUGUCAAACUGUUAAUUUAACAUUUGUUGCAUGUGUUCCAAUCAGUUUACGAAACAACAACAAUAAACAAACAAUUACUUUUGAAUGCUAAAUACAGCCUGUUAAAAAAAUAUCUCAAAUUAUAACAAAGUUAUAAGGAUUUUUGGAUACUCUUAUGAUCUUCAACCACAAGGUGUCGCUCUUGUACUCUCAGGGCACAGUGGCAGUAACAAAUUACAGUUUUGUCCCCAAAGUUCCAAAAACUUAUUAUGAGACAGCCUCACUUCCAACCCCCUGGUUAUUGUUACA